UAUUAAAAAAAAAAAAAGAAUUGAGGCUCUUGAAAAAUACAUUGUCCAGUGAUAUCUCAAGUUGCCUACCAGUUUAUACUUCUGUCAGCCUUGUAUGAAUGCCUGGUUCAUUAAUUAGCUUUGAUAUUCUAACUUAUAAAUAACAACAGAACAAACAAACAAAAACUUGCUGAUGUGACAGGCAUAAUGUUUUCAUUUCAAUUCUUGUUUAAAUGCUAAGACCAGUUUCUAUUUUUUUAAAUUAAUAUUUAUUGCAAGAGGUACAAACUCAAAUAUUCAAAGAGGCCAGGCAAGCAGUGGAAGUAAGAAAAGAAGGCAUUUGUUACAUUACAGAGAGUGUUAGGAAGUGUAACAAAUUUGAGAGCAGACUCUGUCUGAAGUGGGUCUACUAUAGGAUGCUGUUGUAGAGCUAAUUGUUACUGUGUCAGAAGGCCAGCUUUGUGUUGCUGGAUUUUGUCAUGCCUUUUUUUUUUUUUUUUUAAAACCCCCAUUUCAAUUUGUAUUUGUUUAGUUACUAGAGAGGAGGAACCUUUCCCCAAAUGUUUGUGGCCACUGGAUAUUUCAUAUUUUACCACGCAGUUCAUUUUCUUAUUAUUUUAAAGGUUCUUCCACAGAUAUGCUAGUUACAGACCAGGAACCACUUGCCAGGAAUUUGUACAAGAGUUUCUUACAUGUUCCUCAUGCUCAGUACUCUGGAUAAGAGGCUGGAUCAAGUCAAGACUGGUUCCUUUGAUUUUAUUUUAUGAUUAAUAGAAAUUUUAAAAGAACUGGAUAAACUCUGAUGCCUUUAUUUUUUUAACAGCUAGCUCAUAUCAUUCUUCCUGUAAGAAGCAAUCCAAGUUUCUUGUUAGAAUCAAUUGCUGUUUCUUUUACAUUUGUUCAGCUCAUGGUUUGGUUUGUAUGAUAAUUUAUCAUUUCUCUUUUUCCUUUUUUAAAAUUGUUGAUUAAGGAUUUUUUAUCCUAGAUUUCAUUCUAGGGGUCUUGAGGUCAGGAGGUCUUGUUAGUCUGAGUCAUCCUUGUCUUUGUGCUGCUCCACUGGUGUUGACAUUGUGCAUAGUGACAGUAUUGCAGGCGUACAGUAUGAAUGAGACAGCUGUUCAUAUUUAUGGUUAUUGCAGCCCUCAACAUUUACUAUACCUUGUAAAGUGAGCUGAAAAUAUAGCCUUCUAUCCUAAGGUCAAAUAAUAACAUACCUAUGGUAGUGUGUGAUUCUCCCAAGUUUGCAGCUCUCUACUAGGUUUCUCAGUAGUAGUAAGCUACACAGGUUAGGGAAGCUGCCCAGGACCUGGAGCGACUUCCCUGUGCUGGGUCAUGUUAUCUUUUGGAUGUUUCACUUUGCUUAACACCAGGUAUCUGGGGUAAAGUCUUAACUGGUUGGAACCUUUGUAAUUUCAGUAUGAUAAUUAGAUUUUUUAGAGGUAAAAACAUUACAUGUUUCAAAUUAGCCAGCUGUAUUCUGUUUAGAUGAUCCCAGUUUUGUUGGCAACAUCCAAAGUAUCAUAAUCAGGAGCCGUUUAACAUAUGCUGCUCUCUCUCUGUCAGGCCUGAUCAGGGUGCUGACCUUGGCUACAUCAGUUUCAUGGAGCUAGCUUCUUUACAGAUCUUUUAAUCUGGUGCUUGUUGGCCUUGACAUCCACAGUGAACAUAAGUGUGUUUGCUUCUACCAUCUGCAUGGCCAGCUCAGUGAUUGGGGGAGCUUGAUGAUGGCAUAGUGAUCAAGCUUAUUUCUUUGGGGUGCUCUUCAAGGGUAUUUGGGCUAACUCUGGAGCCACAGGGUCUUAGGCUUCCAGAAGGCAGGUGACGUGUGGAUCUUUUAGAUAACAAAAUAAAGAUGCCUCAAGUUUUUGUUGUUGUUGUUUUACUAGGGGUUGAACCCAGGGGCACUUAACUACUGAGCCACAUCCCCAACCCUUUUUUGUAUUUUAUUUAGAGACAGGGUCUCCCUGAGCUUAGGGCCUUGCUAAAUUGCUGAGUCUGGCUUUGAACUCAUGAUCCUCCUGCCUCAACCUUCUGAGUCUGGGAUUAUAGGUGAGUGCCAUGCACCCAAAGAUGCCUCAAGUUUGAGGCCAGCCGCAGCAGUUUAGUGAGACCUUGUCUCAAAAUAAUAAAUAAAAAGUACUGGGGAUGUAGCUCAGUGGUUAAGUGCCCUGGAUUGGAUCCCUAGUACCACACACACAAAAAUGUAAAUGGUGGCCCUGAGAGGGGCAGAGAGAGAAAGAGGAGCCAUCUGGGACUCUGGCGGAAAUGUUAGUGAGGUAGAAAACUGGGAUUUUCAAGAAAACUUAGGAAAUGGGAAGUUGUUUUUUUUUUCUUUUUAAAAAAUUUUAUUUAGAAUACCUAUUUGUAGAAGUUAGCAUAAUUUUACAGAUAAUUAGAAAAAUUUACUUCUUUUCUCUCAGCAAACAUGUAUAACAGGUUAGGAAUAAUAGAUUAGAAAUGUAAUACAUUAUAAAACAGUAUCCUGUGACUAUCUGUACAUUUACUAUGCACCUUAAGGAAAAGAAUUUGACAAUGUGCUAUACUUACACUGCAGAUAACAUACUGUUAUUUUGUAAUACAAAACUGACCAGUGAUAGUGCUUAAAUUUAUAAGUGGCCAUUAAACAGAAUUUUUAACUUAAAUGUGUAUUUAGCAUGUUAAAAAGUGAAAAAAAAAUUAACUGAAGUUUUGUGGCCUGUCAGUUCAUAUGUUUCAUGGCAUUUUUCUUUAAAGGAAGAAUAUCAAUAUUGUAAUGCUAAAAUAAUUUUUCAUGAUAAAUAGAAAAUGGGAAGUUUUAAGGAGAGUAUUAAAUCCAGUGGGAAGAUCAACUAUUACACAAACUUGGCUGGUUCCUCUUGAUUAUGAACAUCAAAGGCCUUUGGGCUGCUAUGGGGUGAGGGUGCAAAAGCUAAACACAAAGCUAUAUUAUUGCUAUGAUUAACAGCCUUGUUAAAAGCAUUUCUUUAUAGCCAGUUAAAAACUGCUACAUUUAAAAACUCUACUGAUAAGCUACUAUAUUAUGUUCCUAAUAGAGACUGUAGAUCAUCUUAAAGUUGUGUUGAUUAGCUAGAGAGUUAUGAUUAGAUGCAAAACUCUUAUUUUAUUGGAAAUUAAGAUCAUUAUCCUUCAUUCCCUUCGUGCUGUUAGUUUGAAAAUCGUGUUCAUUUAUACAGAAACCUUAUUAUAAGUUUAGUUCUGUUUGUCGGAAAUGUGACUAGUUUGCACCAAAAAUAGUGGAACCGAAGCUGUUUUGAACCAUAGAGAUUCAGACUUCACAAUUGUGAACCCCAUUUAAAAAAAAAUUAUAUACAUUUUAGUUAUUAAUGGACCUUUAUUUUAUUCUUGUAUUUGUAUGUAGUGCUGAGAAUCAAAUCCAGUGCCUCACACAUGCUAGGUAAGCGCUCUACCACUGACCCACAGCUCUAGCCCCGUGAACCCUGUUUUAAAGCCUGUUUUCACAAUGAUUCUGUUGCUUUGCCAAUGCUUGUAAGUGUAAAUGCAAAUUCUGAGCAAUGAGGAAAAUAUCUGUUGCUUCUUAUUUCCUCUUCUUUUAAGAUUGCUUUUUUAGAUUUCCAUUUUAAAAAUAGGUUUUCUUUAGAUCCUUUGUCCUAAAGUGCAUAUAGGUGUGGACUUGCUGUGGCGAAGUGAAAUCAACUUAAAUGUGCUGUUUUAUUAUUUCUACCAUUCUACCAUUAUUAUUUCUACCAUUCUACCAUUCCACAACUGUCAGUAUUUCCUAUAGGGCUGGAUAUUGACACUUGGAGCAUUGCAAGUACUCUUCUCCCCAAAGAGAAGAGUUUGGGCAGGAGGAAAGCAACCCUAUGCCCUUCCUACCAUUUUCUGUGCAGAAAUCUUAUAAUUUGUCUUUAUUUUUCUGUAAGGAUAAAACUGUGAGAACUUGUGUCUUUGAAAAAAACUCACACAGCAAAUUGUACAGCCCACAGAGGGAGACAGGAAUGACCCAACCUUUUAGGGAUGCUUCUUCUUCAGUUGCUAACCUCUGACCAGACUCUCUUGUAGUCUGAGUUGAAAUUUACCCAUUUUUCAUAAGAUAGUCAGAGAGCUUGGGUGCCAGAAGGGACCAGUGAGAAUGCUGCUGCCUCUCAGAGCAGCAUGCAGCCCACACUGGCUGCCGCUCUGUUGCCAGUUGAGUCAUUCCCACAGUUCUAUAUAGAGCUCUUCUUUUAAACAUCAUGUUCUUGGAGAAAGAAAGGAAGUUUUUCUCUUCCACAGAAUCUUCCCCACCCCAACUCUGCGUUGCUUUCUCUUUUCUAAGAAUAUUGCUCUCACUCACUUAGAGACUGUUCUCUUUUAAGGUCUCCUAAUGCUUUCAUUUAUCAUUUGUUUGACUAUGUAAGCUUUAAAGUAUUUGCUGUAUUGAGGUUACAGCAGUAGGCUUUCAAGAUAUGGGCUGCUACUUCACCAUUAAGAUUGAGAAAUUCUAGACAAACAGACCAAACAUGGAUUUCUAGCUUUCAGCUAUUUAAAAGUCCCUCAAAUUUGCCAAAAGGCAUCUUAAUACAAUUAUUUAUAAUGAAAUACUAUGAUAAUAAAAAGUACCACAAAGGGCAUGAAUGAGCUUUUAAUUUUGGGACAAUAAAAAAUUGUAUACAUGUAGUUUAAAAGGAUUUUGGUUUUUGUUUUCAUUGGACAAUAAAAUACCCAUGUUUGUUUUUAUUCAGAAGAACUGCUCUGUGAUAGUGGAAGAAGGACUGAAGUUUCAUUAUCAGGGAAGGGAAAUUCUCAUACAUUGAAGCUGCCUUUCUAUUUGCUCUGUAUCCAACAUGAACAUUAAGUAUUUUAAGAAAGUCAACAUCAGUAAGCUGUCUGUCCACAGAUAGCAUGUCUCACAUGGUUGCAAGUAAGGGGCUCUUUUAGAGGACUGGCAGAUCUGAGCAACAGAUUACAGCUCCGGAAUGUAUUCUGAUGACUUUUUGAAACAGAUAUUUUAAUUGGAGUGGAGGUGGAGAAAUAGUUGAGCUUCUGUAGUUAAAUAUUCAACUUCCUUAGCCUGUUAUCUAUAAAUAUCACAGAUGAAAAGACUGUUAGGAUUCUCUUCCAGAAAAUGUACUUAGUUUACAUAUUUAUUUGUAUAUGUUUAAUAUGUGUCUAAUUCCUCUCCCCACCUCCCAUUAAUGGAUCAGUAUGUCACCAUUUCUUUCAUGAAAUUGAAUUGUUUGGGUUCUGUUAAUCUGUGGCUUUAAACUGCAUUAACUCCUGAGUCCCAUAUAGCAAGGUUCUGAAACAAACCCACCUCCUCAUAUUAAAAAGAGAGAGUGAAAGCAGUUUUCUGAAAGUCUUUCUGUGUCUUUCCCCUCCCACUAGAGACAAAUGGAAGGGGAGGAGCUCUCUCACUGCUCUUAACCACACUUGUCUUUAGGGGAGCGUGUUGGUCUCAGUCAGCAGUAACUCAACUCUGUGCCAUCUUGACUUGCCUGGAGGGUGGUAAAUUGUUAACUGCCCGAGAAGGAAUAAGUUCUCACAGUUUGGUUUGAGCACCGGCAUGAGAUUGAAUUUGUGAAAGCCUUCCAUAGCUUCUGAAGACAACAUCCUUUUUGUAUGACUUCGAUUUUCUUCAUUAUAUUUGUGGGCUGCUGUUUCUGAGGAGACUCCGGAAUGACUCUGCUGGAACCUGAGAUGUUGAUGAUGGCUGUACAGUCAGUGCUGCAGUUGAAGCUCCAGCAGCGCCGGACCCGGGAAGAACUCGUGAGCCAAGGGAUCAUGCCACCUUUGAAAAGUCCAGCUGCGUUUCAUGAGCAGAGAAGGAGCUUGGAGCGGGCCAGGACAGAGGACUAUCUGAAACGGAAGAUUCGUUCCCGGCCGGAGAGGUCUGAGCUGGUCAGGAUGCACAUUUUGGAAGAGACCUCGGCUGAGCCUUCCCUCCAGGCCAAGCAGCUAAAGCUGAAGAGAGCCAGACUAGCCGAUGACCUCAAUGAAAAGAUUGCACAGAGGCCUGGGCCCAUGGAGCUGGUGGAGAAGAACAUCCUGCCUGUUGAGUCCAGCCUGAAGGAAGCCAUCAUUGUGGGCCAGGUGAAUUACCCGAAAGUAGCAGACAGCUCUUCCUUUGAUGAGGACAGCAGUGACGCCUUAUCCCCUGAGCAGCCUGCCAGCCAUGAGUCCCAAGGGUCAGUGCCAUCACCCCUGGAGGCCCGAGUCAGCGAACCACUGCCCAGUGCCACUUCCAUGUCCCCCACUCAGGUUCUUUCUCAACUCCCUAUGCGCCCGGAUUCUGGAGAAACGCUUUUCUUGUCAGAGCAGCCUCCUCUGCCUCCCCCGCCUCUGCUGCCCCCCAGCCUCACCAAUGGAACUGCUGUCCCCACUGCCAAGUCCACUCCCACGCUCAUUAAGCAAAGCCAACCCAAGUCUGCCAGCGAGAAGUCGCAGCGCAGCAAGAAGGCCAAGGAGCUGAAGCCAAAGGUGAAGAAGCUCAAGUACCAUCAGUACAUCCCUCCGGACCAAAAGCAGGACAAGGGGGCGCCUGCCAUGGACUCCUCCUACGCCAAGAUCCUGCAGCAGCAGCAGCUCUUUCUGCAGCUGCAGAUCCUCAACCAGCAGCAGCAGCACUACAGCUACCAGACCAUCCUGCCCGCCCCGCCCAAGCCAGCAGGUGAGACUCUGGGGGGCUGCGGGGCCCCUGCAGUGCGCAGCCUCUCUACCACCAGUGGUGGCUCUGGAUCAGGCCCUCCAGGAUCAGGUGGACUGACACGUCAGAACAGCACCCCCCAGACUGGCAAGCCGGGAGCCCUGCCAGCCAACCUGGACGACAUGAAGGUGGCGGAGCUGAAGCAGGAGCUGAAGCUGCGGUCACUGCCCGUCUCAGGCACCAAGACAGAGCUGAUUGAGCGCCUGCGAGCCUACCAAGACCAAGCCAGCCCAGCCCCUGCAGCCCCCAAGGCUCCUGCUGCCACCUCUCUCCUGUCUAAGGCUGGCGAGGUGGUAGUUGCCUUUCCAGCAGCCCGACUGAGUGCAGGGCCAGCCCUGGUGGCAGCAGGCCUGGCCCCGGCUGAGGUGGUGGUGGCGACGGUGACCAGUAAUGGUGUGGUCAAAUUUGGCAGCACGGGUUCCACACCCCCAGUCUCCCCCACCCCCUCAGAGCGCUCACUGCUCAGUACGGGUGAUGAGAACUCCACGCCUGGGGACACCUUUGGUGAGAUGGUGACAUCGCCGCUGACACAGCUCACCCUGCAGACCUCACCACUGCAAAUCCUUGUGAAGGAGGAAGGUCCCCGCACCACACCCUGCUGCCUGAGCCCUGGCGUGCGUGUGGAGAUGGAGGGUCUGGACAAGGACCAGAUGCUGCAGGAGAAGGACAAGCAGAUCGAGGAGCUGACGCGCAUGCUCCGGCAGAAGCAGCAGCUGGUGGAGCUGCUCCGGCUGCAGCUGGAGCAGGAGAAGCGGGCCCAGCAGCCCACCCCGGCUCCCGCUUCCACCACGGUCCCACCCAGCACCCCCGUGAAGCAGGAGAAGAGCUUCUCCAGCUGCCAGCUGAGCCGCCAGCCCCCAGGCACCACUCACCCCUUCAGCCCUGGCCUGGUGGCCCCCACUGCCAACCACAGAGACACUGGUGCCCCAGCCCUAGGGCCUCCAGCUGUGGUGGUGAAGCAGGAAGCCAUGCCACCUGAGCCGGAGGUGGCCCCUACCCCUCAGCUGCUCCUGGGCCCACAGGGCACUGGCCUCCUCAAGGGGGUCACCCCGCCCACCCUCAUCACCGACUCCACAGGGACCCACCUUGUCCUCACUGUGACCAAUAAGAAUGCAGACAGCCCUGGCCUGCCCAGUGGGAGUCCCCUCCAGCCCUUGUCCCAGCCUGGCUCUCCAGCCCCUGGCCCACCUGCCCAGAUGGAUCUGGAGCACCCAUCACAGCCCCCUUUUGGGACUCCAACUUCUCUGCUGAAGAAAGAACCUCCAGGCUAUGAGGAGGCUGUGACCCAGCAGCCCAAACAGCAGGAAAACAGUUCCUCAAGCCAGCAGAUGGAUGACCUGUUUGACAUCCUCAUUCAGAGUGGAGAAAUUUCAGCAGAUUUCAAGGAACCACCGUCUAUACCAGGAAAGGAGAAGCCACCCUCAUCAGCAGCCUGCAGUUCCCCGCUGGUGACACAGCCCUCGCCUUCCCCUGACCUUCCCCAGGCUGCUCCCCCUCCACCAGCAUCACCUGCCCUCCCAGGGCGCCUGGAGGACUUCCUGGAGAGCAGCACAGGGUUGCCCCUGCUGACCAGUGGGCAUGAAGGGCCAGAGCCCCUUUCCCUUAUUGAUGACCUCCACAGCCAGAUGCUGAGCAGUGCUGCCAUUCUGGACCAUCCCCCAUCCCCCAUGGACACCUCAGAAUUGCACUUUGCCCCUGAGCCCAGCAGCAGUGUGGGCCUGGACCUGGCCGAUGGCCACCUGGACAGCAUGGACUGGCUGGAGCUGUCAUCAGGUGGCCCCGUGCUCAGCCUGGCACCCCUCAGCACUGCAGCCCCCAGCCUCUUCUCCACGGACUUCCUUGACGGCCAUGAUCUUCAGCUACACUGGGAUUCCUGCUUGUAGCUUUCUAGCUCUGGACACCAGGGAUAGGGAAGGGGCUAGAGUUGGGGAGCCAGGGAACUGCAGCUAGCAGUUCUGUGCAAGGCUCUGUGUGGUUUGAGUCUUGACAAUCACAGACCCUGCUUUCUCCCUUCCCUGGAAGGUUGGAGCAGUUGGGCCCUACUCCUGGCUCAGGCCCACCCAGGGCAGAGAUGACCUGUCAAGCAGCAGCUCUGGGUCCCACACUGGGGCACACUGGAGGCCUGGACAGGCCCAGGGCCAUUUCAAUUUGACCUCCUUUUUGAGGUCAGAGUUGUACUGUGUGGCUGCAGUUUGGCUAAGGCAGGUGAGGACCUGUCCUGAGAAUCCUCUGCUGGUCUAGGGCUGAGCUGGGUCAAGGGCUGACUUUUCUUCCUUCUCUUACCCCUUUGCUGUGAGAGAAGAAGCUAGCCUGGGCCUGUACUCCAUUCCGUGUAUCAGCUGGCCAGCCCCAGGGCCCCAGGGCUUCCUGAGAGUUGGGCCCCCUGCCAUUUUACUGUCUUGAUGUAGUGUAACCAUUUAGUGGUUGGUUGGCAAGAUUUUCUGUACAGGUGUAUGUAUAUAUACCUCUAUAUUAUAUAACAUACAUAUAUACAUUUAUUUGGGGGGGGGAGGUGGGAGAUGGGUGUGGCUCCCUCCCUUCCUGUUUUCACAUAUACAUGGGCCAGGAGGGUUGCUGGGGGCUGGAUACAAGGUCAUAUUGAGCUGUGUGAUAUACAGUGCCCAGUACCCAGCCUGGUGUGCAGCUGCCUGGGCCCACCCACCCCUCACGUGUGUUUGACAUGUAGAUAUCCUGCCACAGCGUGCACCCCACCUGUCCUGCUUUCUCAGUGCCAAGAGGGCAGAGGUGCUUCCUGGUCCUGUCAGGAGCUCUCCACCCACCCACAUUCCGUCCCAUUGCCUCACUGCAGCCAAGAGGGCCCUGGGACAGGGGACCCAGCUCCACCUUGCUGUUGGGCUGACAGGGGGCCACUCACUGGCUGCCUCCUGUCCUGGGGCCACUGGCCUCACUCACUUUUGGCCUGAUUCAUAAGGGGAAUAGGGAUGGCGUCUCCAAAACCAGUGCUGGGACAAAGGUGGGGAAGCUGUGUGAAUUUUUUAAAAUAAAACAAAAACACCCA